UUAAUGCUCCUUGACUCCUUCCUCGAUAUUGUGGCAUACUAAGCAGCAAAUUCUCUGUCUUCACUUCUUCUUCACACUAAACAUCCACCUCUGAGCCGUAAAGCACCGAAGCUGCUGUCAUCCUCGCUCCUCCCAUCAAGAUUCAUGGAGCUUACCUGUCCAUGCGGAAAUGGUAUUUUAAUCAAGAAUGUAACAACAAAAGGCCCUAAUGUGACCCGUCCUUAUUACAAAUGCCCCGGUUCCCAGAAGGGAAAUAACAUCCCAGAUUGUAAGUUCUAUUCAUUCAAGGAUGAACUAAAGCGGUGUCCCUGUGGACGUGGCUUUUGCCGCACCGCCUUUAUAAGAAAAGAAAAAAUUUGGUGCUGCUGCGUUCAGGGACUUGGUGAUUGCGGAUUCAUGAUGAGGAUCACAUCAACCUGGCAACUGCCGAGGGAUUGGAACUCGAACCCUCAAUCUUCCUCGGCAGCGUCUCAAUCUUCCUCGGCAGCGUCUCAAUCUCCCUCGGCACAAUUUCAACAAUUUCAGUCUCCCUCGACACCAUUUCAAUAUCCCUCGGCACAGGUUCAAUCUCCCUCGGGACAGUGGCACAGUUUCACUCCUUCGGCUACGUUUCAAUCUUCCUCGGCGAAGUUUCAAUCUCCUUCCAGCCCUUUGAUGCACACUCCCUUGGCUCAGCCUCAGUCCUCUCCUCCCAUUACCCAAGAUAGGUCUCGGUCUCCUCCCAGCCAAGUUGUGCUUAAGAAGAAAACCGAGCUACUUACACAAUCUCUCAAAGUAGCUCAAUCAAGUGCUGCUGCCUAUCUUAAUCUUAUUGAAAAAUUUGCUGGUUGUGAAUUGGAUGAUGAGUAGCUUGUUAUUGUUCCUUGCUACCUACCCCUUCCUUAUUGGGUAAUGGGACUUAUUGGAACUUAACAAAUGGAUAUGUUUUCAUGUUGGGGUUAAGGAACUUUUUUUUUUUUUUUUGCUGUAUUCAUGGUGGUUGUUUUGAACCCUCACUCUCCUCCAUCUUUUGUUUGUCAAAGAGUAUUUCACAAUUUUA